CACACCCCAUCUCCAUCACCCUCCCCUUGUCUCUUUGCACACACUCCCCAGGCCCCUAAUACGUAUCUCUCUUGUCAACUCCAAGAGGGUGGUACUUUAAAUUCCCUAUUUUUAUUUUUGAAUUUUAAUACCACACUUGGCGCAAACGAUACACCAACACCGCAAACAUGAAAAACUUCAAACGCUUCGAGAUACUACCCAACGAUCACGCUGUCGAUCUCAACAUGACUGCCGACAAUACUAAUCCCUCACCCAAUCUCGGCGCUGGUCUCAACCUACAGAACAAGAGCGAUUAUGAGAACAACGAGAGGACCGAGUAUCAAGAAAACAAGACUGCUCUCACCACCAGCAUCGUGCUCCCUAUUGGAUAUCAGAUUCCGGUUCCCCCGGCAGCAUGGCCAACCGUAACGGAUAUGGAGGAAAACUCCGCUCCCACCGACCACCAGUUGUGCCAAGGCCCCCCACGCCCUACAAUGUGUGCGCCCGAGUUGGAACCGAAGCUUGCGCAGGAUGAGGUGCCUGUCAACCAGGCUGAGCAUGGCCGCGAAUUUACCCAAACCACUCCGAUUACGAAGCAGGAUGUUGCGAUGGAUUUGCCUGGUGAUAUUAUGGCAGGGUCUGCCAGAAAGGUAAAGUCCCCCAUCACUAAGCCCACCUGUAGAGCAUGGGCUACUACUAACACAGGCUUAAAGGGUCGGAGUGGAGUCAAGGCAAAGGUAAAGCCGAAGGUGGAAAAGGCGAUGACAAUGAAAAAUCUGAACCGUUGGAACAAGAUGCGGAAGGAUGUUCAGAAUAUUACUGCCACCAGGACCAAUAAAAUCUCGAAAACCACCCACAAAAUAACUCCUGGUGAGAUACUAAAUGGCACUGAGCGACACCAACGUAUUCUCUGGUGGAUAAAGCAGUGUUCACAAUCUCUGCCGUUUCUUCAUGCUACUAUGCGGAAGACACCACCUCCAUCACCCAAUAUUCUGGCAAAUCUGGCAGCUGGUAGGGGUUCCACAGACAGGAAUCCAGUGAAGCCUACCGCUAAGCCAGCCCGGCCGAUUCUCGGGCCCAAAGCAGAUGCGGGGAUUACAAAGAAGUAUCAUGCCGGACGUUUGACAGCUCAUACUCAGCCGGAGGCAAAGGCCAAGGGGGAUGUAGGAGAAGGACCCGACUCGACUGCCGGGGUCUCCAAGAAUGCCAGUUUCUCUAAGGUUACGAUCAAGCAGACUAUGUCGCCAGCAGCUGUCAAAACCAUGUCGCUCAUUCUUAAGCGCAAGGAUGGUGCAGGAGUUACGAAGAAAAUCACGCAGCCCGACCUAUUGGGUCCCACUUUGGAGAACGCUACGACCAAUUGUCCCAAGCCCCGGAAUCCAAAGCGCAAGGGUCGUGUGGGGGGCAAGAGAAGGACUGCCACUGAGAGAAUUAACCAAGAAACUAAAGUCUUGAUGCUUAAGCUGGAAUUCUUGAAGAGUGUGGACGCCGAAUUAAGCCGUCAGAUUACUUUGUACCGGGGAACCAUGAAGGCAGAGGAUACUUCGGCCAGCGUCAAGUCCCCGACCCAGGAGGCAAGCAGCGAUACGGCACUUUCUCAUGGCAUCUUUGUGGCGAAGUCUAAGGAUGCGAUUGAGGAGAGGGGAAUGGAAGGAGUAAUAUUCGGUGUUGGAAGUGACGGCGAUGUUCCAAGUAUUGAAAAUGAUUCCUUGUGAGGGGAUUCUAAGAAAGGGUGUAGAGGCAGCGAAGGGAGAUGGGCGAGCAGGCAUCUGCUAGUGGAGAAAAUAAAG